GUCCCUAUAUUGACACACGUUUAAAGUUUGGCAUACCACACCCGCUGGGGCACUUUAAUGGAUUAAAUGGAGACUUUAAUGGACUUAAAUGGAGACUUUAACCCUGCCCUGUGCACGCCCCUGCGUUGCUGCCUAACAGGGAUGCCAACGAGAACUGGGCCUGGAGGCCAACGUCCAUGGCCCUUCUGGAGACUGCUGAGUCCAGAAUCCUUGCCCGCUUGCAUAAUGCCUCUUCUUCCCGCUUUGUGACCCUCCCUGACAACAACCAAAUAAGGACCCUCACUAUCACCGCCCAUCAAGGUGAGCAAGCCUCCAAAAUCCCUCUGGUGAUGGUGCAUGGCUUCGGUGGUGGUAUGGGCCUGUGGAUCCGUAACCUGGACCCGUUGAGCUGCUCGCGGACUGUCCACGCUUUCGACCUGCUGGGAUUUGGUCGCAGCUCGCGCCCAGACUUCCCCAUGGAUGCCAAGCAGGCUGAGGACCAAUGGGUGACCUCCAUUGAGCAGUGGAGGCAGGCGAUGGGCGUGGAACUCAUGAUCCUGCUCGGGCACAGUCUGGGGGGCUACCUGGUCACCUCAUACGCCAUACGCUACCCCGACAGAGUGGCCCACCUCAUCCUGGUAGACCCGUGGGGUUUCCCCAAGCCGUGGUUCCGGCCCAUUACCUCAUUGUUCAGUCACUUCAAUCUACUGGGUAUCAUCAGAGGAGCAGGACCUUUGGGACCAGCUUUGGUAUCGUUUCGUCGUGGCCUAAAGCGGGCAUUUAAGGAUCUUUUUGAUGACGAUACUGUUACUAAUUACGUCUAUCACUGUAAUGCCCAGCAACCAAGUGGGGAGGUGGGCUUCAGGGCCAUGAACCAGACUGUGGCCUGGGCCCAGAGACCCAUGAUUCAGCGUGUGCACCUGCUCCGGCCCUCGAUGCCCCUCAACAUGCUGUUAGGAGGACGCUCCUGGUUGCCCAACUCAUACAGGGACACUGUGGACCAGAUCAGGGGCCAGAGCCACACGCAGCUAAUGGUGAUACCCAAUGGCUCUCAUCACUUCUAUGCUGACCAGUAUGAUCUCUUCAAUAGAGAAGUGCAAAGGAUCUGUGAUACUGUAGACUGAAUCUGAAGUGUGUGUGCUGUGAUUUGGUUCCUGCUCUCUGACUGGCUAAUAAAUGUAUUUUGGGUG